AUUUGGCCUCGCCACUGCCGGCACCAUUAGCAACUACCCCUCUAUGCCAAGUGGAGGCGGUGGCUCCGGAUCUGGUGGCUAUGGAGGAAGCGACGGUGGGAGUGGGGGGUAUGGUGGUGGGUAUGAAAAGCCCAAGUGCCGUGACGUCUACGAUACUGUCCAGGAGAAUCAAUGCGAGCCCUACACUGAACGCGUUUGCCAAACCACCCAAAAGGAGACAUGCCAGGAUGUGGCUGAUCAGAACUGCCGUGCCAUCACCACCACCAAGCAGAUCCGGAAAUGCUUUGACGUGUCCGAGAACAUUUGCAGCUUGAAGGAGCAGGUCAAAUUCGACACGAUCCAGGUUGGAUUUACUGUCCAGAAAUGCCGCAAGGUCAAAGAACGUGUGUGUGAUACCGUCUAUGAAACCAGAUGACCACCAAGGAGGACUUUCAAUGCUUGGAAAUUGAGAAUCCUGUGUGUGUGAACGAGGAGCGCGCCAUCGUCGACAAGACUUGCCGUACCACCACCCAUUCGAUUGCAAGCAGACCGGCGGUGGUUAUGGUUCCGGCUCUGGCAGUGGUUAUGGCUCGUCUGGUAAUGCUUUCGGUUCCGACUCUUCUUCCUCUGGUGGAUACGGCAGUGGAUCCUCUUCAUCCGGUGGUUACGGUGAUAGCUCUUCAUCGUCCGGCGGCUAUGGUGGGGGAGGUGGAACAACCCAAGUGGUC